AUGGGUAAUAGCAAAUUAGAUAGAACUAAUGAAAUCAUGAAUGAUUUUAUUAAGGUGACUGAGCCUCCAGAAGAUGAUGAGGAGGAAGAUUUUAGUUUCUGGAAUGAUGAUAACGUAGAUUACUACGUGUUACAGGAGACUACUGGAUACAUGGCCCCAACACUAACACUCCUUGCCAUUAAUCAUACCAUCAUCUCAAUGCUUUGCAUCAUAGGGUACUACAUAUUGAAGGUUCCCCUUGUGGUCUUCAAACGUGAAAAGGAGAUUGCCCGGAAGUUGGAGUUUGAUGGUCUGUACAUUACCGAGCAGCCAUCUGAUGAUGACAUUAAAGGACAAUGGGAUCGUCUCGUCAUCAAUACACCAUCCUUCCCUAACAAUUAUUGGGACAAGUUUGUUAAAAGAAAGGUUAUUAACAAAUAUGGCGAUCUUUAUGGAGUUGAACGUAUUGCUGAGCUUUUGGGCGUGGACAGAAGUGCAUUAGAUUUUAGUCCCAUCAAAAAGCCCCCAGAGCAAGAAGCAACAUUGGUAUCCUGGUUGAGUUCUAUUGAUAAAAAGUAUCAUAUCUGGAAGCUUGGAGUUGUCUUCACUGACAAUUCAUUCUUGUAUCUGGCGUGGUACACCUCCAUGUCCAUUUUGGGUCACUUCAACAACUUCUUCUUUGCUGCCCACUUAUUGGAUAUUGCUAUGGGAUUUAAAACACUCCGUACCAUAUUAUCAUCUGUAACUCACAAUGGCAAGCAGCUUGUGCUGACUGUUGGCCUCCUGGCUGUGGUGGUGUACCUGUACACAGUGGUUGCUUUCAAUUUCUUCCGCAAAUUCUACAACAAGAGUGAGGAUGAAGAUGAACCAGACAUGAAAUGCGAUGAUAUGAUGACGUGCUACUUGUUUCAUAUGUAUGUGGGUGUCAGAGCUGGAGGUGGCAUUGGAGAUGAAAUUGAAGAUCCUGCUGGAGAUCCUUUUGAAAUGUAUCGAAUUAUCUUUGACAUCACAUUCUUCUUCUUUGUUAUUGUCAUCCUACUAGCCAUAAUUCAGGGUUUGAUUAUUGAUGCUUUUGGUGAGCUGAGAGACCAACAGGAGCAAGUGCGAGAAGACAUGGAGACCAAAUGCUUUAUUUGUGGAAUCGGCAACGAUUACUUUGACACUAUACCACAUGGUUUUGAGAUACAUACUUUACAAGAACACAACCUUGCAAACUACUUGUUCUUCAUGAUGUACCUCAUAAACAAAGAUGAGACUGAACACACUGGUCAGGAAUCUUUUGUGUGGAAGAUGUACCAGGAACGCUGCUGGGACUUUUUCCCCGCUGGAGACUGUUUCCGCAAACAGUAUGAGGAUCAGCUUGGAUAA